AUGGCGCCCGUCUCAGGGACCGUAGCAACGGUGAUUACGGCGCUGACGGCGGCCUUCAGGACCUCCGGCCCCGCUCUGCAAGAGCAAGCGCAGCAGCAGCAUCUCCUGGCCGAGCUCGACUACGGGAACUUUCAGGGCGCCAACUCGGACCAGUACAACAUCUCGUACUGGCAGAAGAUCCCCUAUGCGGCGCCUCCCGUGGGAGAGAACCGGUUCCGGGGACCGCAGCCCCCGGCGGCUGUGGAUGGCGUCGUUUACGAUUCUAGCCAGCCGUUUGAUAUGUGCCCUCAGAGGACGGUGAACGGUUCCGAAGACUGCCUGUAUCUCGGCCUCUACUCCCGCCCCUGGAUCAAGGGCCAACCCCUGAAGCCCGUUGUCGUUACCUUUUACGGCGGCGGCUUCAUCCAGGGGUCGGCCUACUUCGGCAUCCCGCCCUCGGCGUACCCGAUCCUCAACGUCUCGAGCUCGUCCGACAUGAUGUUCAUCUACCCAAACUACCGUACCAACGCUUUUGGCCUCCUCCCCGGAAAAGAGAUCGCGGCAGACCCAAACUCGGAUCUGAACCCCGGCCUGCUGGACCAGGAGGCCGUGCUGAAGUGGACCAAAAAGUACGUGAAGCAAUUCGGCGGCGACCCGGACGACGUGACAAUCUGGGGCCAGUCGGCGGGCGGCGGCAGCGUGCUGGCGCAGUCCCUCGGCCGGGGCGGGAAGCAGGGCCUGUUUCGCAAGGCCAUGGCUAGCAGCCCGUUCUGGCCCAAGACGUACGCGUACGACAGCCCCGAGGCGCAGGCCCUCUACGACGAGCUCGCCGCCCGCACGGGGUGCGCCGGCGCCGACAGCUUGGCUUGCCUGAAGAAGGCGGACGUGCAGGCGAUCCGGGACGCCAGCCUGGCCAUCUCGAACUUGCACGUGACAAACACCUCAUCCUUUACGUGGUCGCCCGUCAUCGACGGCGAGUUCCUGCAAGAACCGCUCUCCAAAGCCGCCGCGGCCGGCAGGGUGAAUAUGGACCUGGCCUUCGCGCUGUACAACACGCAUGAGGGCGAGAGCUUCCUCCCCGCCGGGCUCGCGAGCGCGGCGAAUGCGGGGUCCCCACCGUUCAACUCGAGCGAGGCUUCGUUUAACAAGUGGCUUAGGGGGUUCCUACCCGGCUUCGGCGACCGGGAGAUUGAGGGCGUGAAGAGGUUGUACCCCGCGGCUGGCACCACGGAGACGAUUUCGUACAACACGACCUACGUGCGGGCGGGUCUCAUCUACCGGGACGUUGUCUUGUCAUGCCCAGCGUUUUGGUUCUCUGGCGCCGCGCCAAGGGGUGGAUAUUUGGGCGAGUACUCGCUCAACCCGUCCAAGCAUGCCAGCGAUACCGUUUGGUGGAAUCAGAUCAACGCAGUGCAGACGUCGGACCCUGCCCGCUACCAGGGCUACGCCGGUGCCUUUGCCUCUUUCUUCCAGACGGGCGACCCCAAUGCUCUCAAGCUGUCGGCAUCGACGGAAGCUGGUGUACCGCCCCUCAAGGACAGCAAGGAAUGGGUGGUUGACCCAGCGGGCUUCGCGGCUGCUGAUCUGGGACAACUAGAGAAAAGAUGUGGAUUUUGGAAGAAGACGGCUGCAAAGAUACCCAUUUGA